CAACGACGCCAUGGGCUGCCGUGGGACAGUGUUGGUGCUUGAAUCGGUUGCAUUUUCCGUACAGCUGCAGCAUGAAGCACCCUAUGCGCAUUAUGGUAAUACCAAGCCUGAAUUCAGUCGAAUCCUGGUGGCAUAAAAAUAUCUAAGAGUUUUGUUGUGGAGUUCUUCAGUGGCACGGAACUUCGUGCAAUUUGAUGCACCCAUUACGUAGGGAGAUGAUGGACGGCACGCUUCGCAGAAUCCUUUUAGCGGGAAUGUUGGCAACUGUGAUAAGUCGUGUGGCGCGAGGCGACAGUGCUGGACAGCCGCUGACAACACUGCAGCGUGCCGCGUUGGCGGUGCAGCAGGCCGAAGCCAACAUGACCGACAACGUCGUCAUCCUGCCCUCCUUCAAGGACGCAGCUGCCGGCGCGCCCCCUCCGGUCAAUAUCGUUCGUGUCCCGUUGGGAGCCACGGCGACCUUCUCUUGCGAUACCGCAUCCGGGCAGUCGAUCAUCUGGCGCUUCCACAACGACACCAUCCGUGGCGACGUUGCAAAACAUUCUCCGAAAGGUCACUACUACCGGCUGACGUCCAACCGCAACACCUCCCGCUUCCUCAUCCACAAUAUGACCCGCGACGCCGCCGGGACGGUAGAGUGUCUCCUGCCCUGCCAUGACGACGCUGACCUUUGCGUGCUCCGCCAGUUCGAGCUGCAGCUGCAACAGCGGGCUCAAGAAGUCUUCACUGAGCCAAUGCGCAACGUGUCUACGCCAUUGUGGAGCUUCUCCAUGACGUGCACCGGGCGCGUCGACUGCAGCCAGGCGGGCUACGCAGAGCAUUUUAUCUGGAAGUUCGACGAGCGCUUCUUGGUGGCGCCAUAUCGCUAUCUGCAGACCAUCGCCGGAAAUUCGCACGUUGACGGUCUGCGGUCCUUCAGCAUCAGUCACCCCGUUUCGGAAGACGGAGCUGCCGAUCCCGUCUGCAGCAGCACGCUGACCAUCGCCAUGGCCGAGGUGGUCAGCAACUGGUCGGCGCGGGUAGACUGCUGGCUCCGCACCGAUGUUCGCCGCCACGAAUGGUUCGUCCAGUCGGCGUACGUCCAUUUCACGCCGUUCGCUGCACUGGACGAUACCGAUUUAUAGAUGUACAGAGAGCAGUAGCACCUAUUCCCUCUGUUGUUUACCGUCAUCCCGCAUACGCUGACGUUGCUGUUAAUCAACGGUUAAGCGAUGUCCUAAUUAUUCCCUGCAACGCUACUACCUGAGUACCGGCUUCAGCAUCGUAAUCGCUACCACGACCAUUUAUUUACCAGUACCAUGGCAUGGCACCGCUAACGGCACCACCAUCAGUAACGGUACCAUUCUCGCUACCACCGACAAUAACAGCACCAGCGCCAGUAACAUUAACUAGUACGCACUACCCUUGAUGCGUCUUCUCUUCCGGUUGCGAUUUUUUGUAUGAUUAUUCUUAACAAAUCAUAUUUUCAUCAUCAUUUUUAUGUCUUUGAACUUGAUGGCAAUGUUUAAUUAGUUGUGCAUCCA